ACUAAUGAAAAGAAUUCUUAGACUAAAAAAAGACAUUGAGCACUAGCAACACAGGCUAUCGGCUCUUUGACAACAUAAUUAUUAAAGAGAUAAUUAAAAAAGAAAUCAAAAAAAUAAUCAUAGAAAUAAAAAUAUUUUAAAUUUACUAUGUUUUCAUCAAAUAUGUUAAAGUGUUACCUGUUGAUGGUUGUUUACGCAAUAUUGUGUAAAAUAUGUCAAUUAAAUGCCCGACAACAUUAUAAAAAUCAUUCUUUAUUCAUAAAUAUUUCUUCAAAUUCACAAUUAAUUAACGAUCAUAUACUUUGUGGCAAUAAUGUGGAUAAAGAUACAAUUGUCAUUGGAUUCUUAGCAGAAUAUUCACAAAUGCGUGUAACCUUAGGUGGUCUGCCGUUGGCGGUGGAAGCAAUUAAUAAGGAUCCAACUUUAUUACCCGGCAAACGUUUGGCGUUUAAAGCUUUUGACGUUGGACCAAAAACUGGCCUGUAUCGUGUACAACCAAUAAGAUUUAUGACCCAAAUGAGAGAUGAAAACAUUGCUGCAUUCAUUGGACCAGAUGAAGGUUGCAUAUCGGAAGCCUUAUUAUCGUCAGCAUGGAAUAUACCAAUGAUAUCAUUUAAAUGUUCGGAUUCGUUGGUAUCAAAUAAGGAAAUAUUUCAUACAUUCGCGCGUACGUUGGCACCCGCUUCAAAGGUGUCGAAAAGUGUUAUAAGCUUGUUAAGCGCUUUUCACUGGCAGAAAUUUGCAAUUGUUGUCAGCUCAAAGCCAAUUUGGGGUGCAGAAGUAGCACGAGCCAUACAGGAACAAGCUGAAGCAGAAAAUUUUACCAUAACCCACUUUAGAGAAAUACCAGAUUAUAUACCCAUAGAGGAGACAUUGCUAAAAAUGCAAAAGAUUAUUGACGAAACUUACGCAACAACACGAAUUUACGUAUUUAUUGGUGAACACAUUGCCAUGGUUGAUUUUGUACGAUGCAUGCAAAAUCGUCAACUCCUGCAAAAUGGUGACUAUAUUAUCAUUUCGGUUGAUGAUGAAAUCUAUGAUUCUAAACGACGUGUCAAUAUAAUGGAACGGAAUUAUUUAGAUCCUUACAUACGUAAAGAGAAAAGGAAAUCAUUGGAUAAGAAUUCAUUUCGUUCGGUAAUUAAGAUAAGCAUGACGUAUCCAUUAAAUCCACAUAUACGAGAAUUGUGCAGUAAAAUUAAAGAAUACGCUCGUAAAUAUCCUUUCCUGGUACCCUAUCAUCAACGUGUUUUCGAUAAUAUUUCGGUACCGAUUUACGGAUUACAUUUAUAUGAUAGUGUUAUGAUUUAUGCUAAAGCAAUUACCGAUUUACUGCAAAUAGGUGCAGAUAUAUACGAUGGCCGCUUAGUUAUGAGUCGUAUCUUUAAUCACUCUUAUCAUUCUAUACAAGGUUUCGAUGUACAUAUAGAUGGUAACGGCGAUGCGGAGGGAAACUAUACAGUCAUAACAUUGCAAAAUGAUGGUAAUAAUGUAAACAUAGUUAGUUCAUUGGUUAGAAUGUCUAUGCAACCUGUCGGCUAUUUUGUUUACAAUAAAUUAUCCACUAUACCGGAAUUCCGAUACAUUAAAGCCAAUCGUCAUAUACAAUGGCUGAAAGGACGGCCCCCACUAGCUGAGCCAUUAUGCGGAUUUCAUGGUGAACUCUGUCGUAUGCGUAAAUUAGAUUGGCGUUAUUUGACUUCGGGUUCAUUUUUUGGAUUUUUCCUUAUUGUUGCUGCUGUUUUUCUUAUUAAGCAUUAUCGUUACGAACAAACUCUGGCUGGCUUGUUAUGGAAAAUCGAUAUGAAAGACGUGACCAUUAUCAAUAUUGACAAUAAUUUAGACUAUAACAAUUUAAAAUAUAAAAAUAUCUAUCAGAUAUAUCGUCAAAGUAUUUUAACGGGUGGAGAGACUAGUAAAAAAGCUUUUACAACCAUAGGACUGCAUCGAGGCAAUAUAGUGGCCAUGAAAAGGGUUUACAAAAAAACUGUGGAUGUCACACGGUCCAUACGCAAAGAAUUGAAGCAAAUGCGUGAGGUACGGCACGAGAAUAUCAUCAAUUUUAUAGGCGUUUCUAUUGACCAUGGCACGGUAAUGAUUUUUACCACAUAUUGUGCUCGCGGUAGCUUAGAAGAUGUUUUAGGCAAUGACGAUUUACAUUUAGAUCACAUGUUUAUAUCGUCGCUGGUCAGUGACAUAUUGAAGGGUAUGAUAUAUUUGCAUGAUUCAGACAUUAUAUCUCACGGUAAUCUACGCUCGAGUAACUGUCUUAUCGAUUCACGUUGGGUAUGUCAGAUAACGGACUUCGGUUUACAUGAAUUUAAAGCCGGUCAAGAAGAACCACAUAAAUUUUAUUUACGUUUAAAUUUUUAUAACAAGUUUUUUGUAUAUCCGAUUUUGGUAUCGGUAUAUAUAAGACUUUCUUCAUCCUUACGUAGAAAAGACUUAGAAAUAAAACGCUCCUUAUGGAAAGCUCCGGAAUUAUUAAGAGAUCCCAAUCAUCAACCUCGCGGCACUCAAAAAGGCGAUGUUUAUUCAUUCGGUAUAGUUUUGUAUGAGAUUGUUGGUCGUAAAGGACCAUGGGGUGAGACUAAUUACACACCGCAAGAAAUUUUAAAUUUUGUUAAGCAACCUGCUCGUUAUCAUCAUGGCACACUGCGGCCUUCGCUUUUACAAUUGGACAUACCACUCUAUAUGCAUCAGUGUUUACGUUCAUGUUGGGAAGAGGAUCCUGAAAUACGACCUGAUAUACGUUUAGUACGCAUGAAGUUAAAAGAAUUGCAGGCUGGCUUGAAGCCCAAUAUUUUCGAUAAUAUGCUUUCGAUUAUGGAAAAGUAUGCUUAUAAUCUGGAAGGUUUAGUGCAAGAACGCACACAUCAAUUGUAUGAGGAAAAGAAAAAAACUGAUAUGCUGCUCAAUCAAAUGUUGCCAAGGACUGUGGCCGAAUCAUUGAAACGUGGUGAGCCGGUAGAGGCUGAAUGCUUUGAUUCUGUGACCAUAUUAUUCAGUGAUAUUGUGAGUUUUACAGAAUUAUGCAGCACUAGUACACCAUUUGAGGUUGUUGAGAUGUUAAAUGAUUUGUAUACGUGUUGCGAUUCCAUAAUAUCCAACUAUGACGUAUAUAAGGUUGAAACAAUCGGUGAUGCAUAUAUGGUUGUAUCUGGCUUGCCAUUACGUAAUGGAAAACGUCAUGUGGGUGAAAUUGCUUCCUUGGCGUUACACUUAUUACAAAGUGUUACUAAUCUAAAAAUACGUCACAAGCCAACAGAAACGUUACAAUUACGUAUCGGCUUACAUUCGGGACCUUGUGCGGCGGGAGUUGUUGGCUUAAAGAUGCCACGUUAUUGUCUGUUCGGCGAUACCGUUAACACAGCGGCGCGCAUGGAAAGCUCUGGUCAGGCUAUGAAAAUUCAUGUAUCAGAGCAAACAUAUCAUUUACUGGAAAGUUUUGGUGGUUAUCAAUGCACUGAACGUGGCCUAAUCAAUAUUAAGGGUAAAGGUGAUAUGCGUACCUACUGGUUGAUAAGUCAGACUGAACAGAAUGAAUACCCAGUUGUGUAUAAUGACGCAACACCGGAUUUAAUAAGUAACAGCAGAGACAGUGAAAAUUGUACUACCGCCACGGGUAUAGAGCCUAGACAUGUUUCAUCUACAUUUAUGUACAAUAAGCAUGUGCUGCGACAAGUAGGCAGGAACAGUUUCAAUGGAAGCAGUCAACAAUUGCAACAACGUUUAUGUUACAUGAAAAGUAAUUAUUGUAAUUGCGAAACGAAAUGUCUAUAUAAUCGGCGUUCAGUUGAUGAUAAUGUAACUAAUAUUACCACUAAUGCCAGCUUAUCUCAUCAAAGGAAUAGUAAAGGUGUCGAUAGCGUUGGUAACACCAACUAUUUAUGUGUAUGUCGCCUAAAAGGUAGCAGCGGCGGCAUAUACGGACCACAACGAGGACCACGUUCAGCACCCGUUAUAACUUUUAGACUUUAAAAUUUAGGUUUAAAGCUUCUUUUUUUUUUAUAUCCAUUAACAAAAAUGGUAUUCAAAUUAUUUUCAUCCUUAUAUCCACAUAUAAAGAAGUCUAAAAAGGCGGGUCAUUCAUUCAUUCAUUCAUUCAUUCGUUUCAUUGCAAACUUGCAAAUGCGAAUGAAAAAUACUUUUAUUUAACUUUGUUAACCUUGUUCUCAAAAUUACCUGCAAACGAAUGCAGAUGAAUUUUAAAUAGUUCGUAGAUA